AUGCAAAGACUUUGGACGGAGACGCUCGAUUGGGACGAUCCGCUGCCGCCGCGUCUCGCUUCUGAAUUCGAGGGUUUCGACUUAUCGCUCGCUUCCGUUCCGUCGCUGUCGGUACCGCGAUGGAUCGGAGUUACCAGGUCAAUUCUUGGCAUCGAAAUCCACGGAUUCUCAGACGCCUCUCAGGAGGCGCUCGCUGCCGUGGUUUACAUUCGCGUUUACAUUCGUGUCCUCGCGGAGUUCGACGAAGUGCGCGUCAACCUGCUCGCCGCAAAGAGCAAGGUCGCACCGCUCGCGAAACAGACAAUUCCGCGACUCGAGCUCUCGGCUGCCGUGCUGCUCGUUCGAUUGGUGCGACGCGUGAGCGCCGUGCUCAAUCUCGAAACCGCUCCAGUUCACCUGUGGGUGGACUCCAGUGUCGCGCUCACCUGGCUCAGAGGUUCGCCCGCGCAAUGGAAGGAGUACGUUGCAAACCGCGUCGCUCUCGCCCAUGAGUUGCUGCCGCGCGCACAUUGGCACCACGUCUCCGGUGCCGAGAACCCCGCGGAUUGCGCAUCGCGGAGACUCUCUCCGCAACUUCUCGCCGCUCACGGAGCGUGGUGGCGUGGGCCGGACUGGCUUUCGGGGCCAUCUACCACGUGGCCGUCGAGCGCCCUUCGCUUCGACGUGGACACCGACCUGGAGGCUCGUCCGCGCCGAACUCACCUUGCUGCUGCCGCUGCCGUGGACUCCACGUGGGACCUCGCUGCGAGGUACUCCUCGCUCCGCCGACUUAUCCGCAUCACCGCAUGGAUCCAGCGUGCAGUCGACCGGUUACGCCGCCGGCCGCCAACGCACCACGACCUCGGUCCAGCGGAUCUUGCCAGAGCGGAGCAGCUCUGGAUCACGCUGGAACAGCAUACCGCGUUCCACACGGAGAUUCCUGUGCUCUCGCGGGGCGAUGCGCUGCCGCGAUCGCAUCCGCUUCUCCGUCUGUCGCCGUUUGUGGACGGAAACUGCGUUCUCCGCGUCGGGGGCCGUCUUCGGAACGCUCUCCUCGACCCUGACGCGAAACAUCCCGUGUUGCUACCGCGGGACUCUCAUUUAACGCGCUUGAUUCUAGAUGACGUGCACCGUCGAACGCUCCACGGCGGUGUCCAAUCGAUGCUCGCUACAAUUCGACAGCGAUAUUGGAUCGUGGGCGGCUGCGCACUGAUCGCGUCAUUCGUUCGCCGAUGCGUCCGCUGCGCCCGGUAUCGCGCCUCCACAGCAACGCAGCUGAUGGGUCAGCUGCCGCCCACUCGAGUCACCCCUGCGCGACCGUUUCUAACAUCGGGCGUGGAUUACGCGGGCCCGUUCUCAAUCAAAACGUGGCGUGCACGGGCCGCGCGCACGUAUAAAGGGUUCCUCGUGGUGUUCGUGUGCUUUGCGACGUCCGCCGUACACCUCGAGCUUGCUACGGACUACAGCACACAGGGGUUCCUGCCGCGUAUCGUCGUUUUCGGAGCUGACGCCGAGCUUCGCCGCCUCUUCGAUGUCGCAUCUGCCGAAUUUGCCGCUACCUCUCACGCUCUCGCGUCGGACGGAACUCAGUGGUCGUUUAACCCGGCGGGAGCGCCUCAUUUCGGAGGCAAGUGGGAGGCUGCCGUGAAAUCGGUAAAGCACCAUCUCCGGCGAGUGAUAGGUGACACUCUCCUCACCUACGAGGAGUUCACUACUCUCCUCACACAAGUCGAGGAGGUGCUGAAUUCACGGCCGCUCUGUCCACUCUCCGACGAUCCCGCCGACGUCGAGGCACUUACACCAGCGCAUUUCCUCGUCGGAGGCCCGUUUUCGUCGGUACCGGAACCGUCGCUUACCGAUGUCGCGGUGUCGCGACUCUCACGCUGGCAGCAUUUCCGGCAGAUGCUCGACCAUCUGUGGCGCCGUUGGUCCACGGAAUACCUGCAGCGAUUGCAGGCUCUCGCGAAGUGGAAAGUUUCGUCCGACCGGAUACGCGUAGGCACGCUCGUGCUUCUUACAGACGAGCGCUACCCGCCCUCGAAAUGGCCGCUCGCGAGGGUGAUCGAGGUGCAUCCAGGACAGGACGCCUUGAUUCGCGUGGCUACCAUAAGGACCAGCAACACAACGCUGAAGCGUCCGAUCGUGAAGCUGUGUCCGCUGCCGGUCGAUUCCGUGAACGUGCCAGCACAAUCGACAGACUCUUAA